CACACAACCUUACCACCACCACUGUGUGUACGUGUUUUCCUCUUAUGUUUUCCAUGCAGUACAGUGGAAAAGCCGACUUUUUUUUUCCCUGUCUCAACUCUACAAGAUAUUUGGAAGCCCUUCUACAUGACGUGUAAUUGCUCCUUAAACUGGAUCGGAUGGGAAAAGGGAGGGGAGGGAAGGGACACCACCAAGGCAAGGGAAAGAAAUUGGAGAAAGUGAGGGGAAAAAAAAGUUGGUGAGCCAGACGGCCAUCUGGAACACAUCAAUUUGUCUACCCGAGCAUCUGCUUAUCUUCCCUGAACGAGGCAACCAAGCAUCGACAUGGCAAUCGUUCUGCACUCUACCCCCCUCUUGUGGACGCGUCUGGCGGCGCUGAUCUUCUCAUGCGUGGCCUUCUCGGUAGCGGUCCACGGUGGGCGUCUGUACCACGGCACGGGCGACUGGUGCAUCUUCUGCUGGGCCUUCAGCUUCGCCGGCACUCUGCUGGUGCUUCUGGUGGAGCUGUUUGGCCUGCAGACCCGAGCGCCCGUCUCCUGGAAGAACUUCCCCAUCACGUUCGCCUGCUACGCCGCUCUGCUGUGCCUGUCGGCGUCCAUCAUCUUCCCAUUGUACUACCUGAAAGGCUCCAUGGGACCCAGCGAGGUGCGUGACUACCGCAUCGUGUCCACCGUCUUCUCCUGCCUGGCCACUAUCGCCUACAUGACCGAGGUGAGCAUCAGCAAGGCCAGGCCGGGCGAGGUGGCGGGCUACAUGGCCACCGCCCCGGGUCUGCUCAAGGUGUGCGAGACCUUCGUGGCUUGCAUCAUCUUCGUGUUCAUCAGCGACCCGGUGCUGUACGACCGCCAUGACGCGCUCAAGUACUGCAUGUCCGUCUACUGCAUCUGCUUCAUUUUGUCCGCCGCCGUCAUCCUUCUGUGCGUGGGCGAGUGCACCGGCUGCCUGCCGUUCCCCUUCGCCCGCUUCUUGUCCGGGUACGCCCUUCUAGCCGUGAUCCUCUACCUGUCGGCCACCAUCGUCUGGCCCAUCUUCAACUUCGACCCCAAGCACGGCGGCAACAAGCAACGCCCGUCCAACUGCGGCUCCACGCAGGGGCUGUGCACAUGGGACAAGCUGAUGGCGGUGGCCGUGCUCACUGCAGUCAACUUGGUGCUCUACCUGGCCGACCUCAUUUACUCCGCCCGCUUGGUGUUUGUCAGUGCUUGAGACUGCGGCUCAACAUUCUAAACUUGACUCCGAAUUAGCUUCAAAAGUGUUUGCGCAUGGGAACCCGCAAGGUGCAAAAGUCCAAAAUUCUGAGUUCAAAUAAAAAGUUUACAAGUUUAAUUUGUUUCUUGAAACACUCAUAUUGCAAAUCAUCGUUCCCCAUCAAAAUGAAUGGAAAUGCUAAUAAUUCGUUCCAGACCCACUUUGUGCUCCUUCUCGUGUUUGCGCCCUGGUCAUCAGAGGGCAAUAUCAUACAGCAAUGCAGACAUAAAUUAGGAAACGUUUCACAAAUUGCGGUAGUAUUAGUAAUUUUUUUUCAAUGUAUACAAUUUGGAGCUGAAAUUUAAUUUGAAAAAAUAAAGAAAAAUGAAACCUAUGCCUCAAAAUGCAGUCAGCAUAUCUAAUGAAACUCACACAACCAAAAAGACCGACUCUAGAAGUGGGAUUCUUUUUUUUCCUCUAAUGUGUUUAUUUUCUACCUACCAACGGGUAAAAAAAUAUGCAAUCAUGACCUCGAUAAUGAAACAGUCGCAACUAAGUUUCUGGGGGGGAAAUCUAAUGAUACAUUAGCCCAGUUAACAUCCAUAGCAACAACCACAUAAGAUAAGAUAAGAUAAGAUAUCCUUUAUUCGUCCCACAAUGUAAGUACCUUUUUUUCUUUUUCAACUACAGCCGGUUAUAAAUGACAGCAAAGAGAAAGCAUGUGAUGAACCAUGACAGAACGGGAUUUUUUUUGGGGGGGGGGGGCAUUAAUCUUUUACAUUUUUGAGUAUCCCCAAAUCCGAGCUCACAAGUGUGUUAUGUCAGUGAUGGCAAAGAAAAGAAAGGUAAUGAUAACCAUAGAACAGGAAACGGAAAAACACGUGUUUUCAUUGAUAGGAACCUCAAAAGUGCUCAUAAUUAACAUAUUUUUUGUUCCUUUUUUUUGUUUUUGGUCAGCACAGAAGGUUACCAUGGCAAGGAGGGGAAAUGGCUGCAUAUGUGAUGGGAUAACUUUAUAAACUAUGUAUUAUUAGUUUGGACAAUUUGUAGGAGGUGGAUGCAUUUAAAACCACCAUCAUAUUAUUAUAAUACAUUUAUCAGUAAAUUCAUACUAAAAUGUUCCCUUAAAAUGAGGUUUCCCUGUCAUUUAAGAAUCCUCGGGUCUGACAAAACUUAUCAGACAUACCGUGUGACUAUGAAGGUUAGAGAUUUGGUCGGGGUCUUUGUGUGUGGGAGGGUUAGAUCUGCUGGGUGGGAGGGGGGCGUUGUUUUGCUAUGUUUACACAUGCGCUUUGUGAAGGACGUGAAGAGUGUGAACCGGAGCAUGCUAAAGCUAAUGAAGUUCAAACACACACAAAAAACGUCAUUCCGUUGAUCCACGUUGACAUAAAAUGGUGAGGAGGUGCAUGUAAACAUAGGAGUGUAUCGUUGUUAUUUUUUUAGCCUUAUGAACGAACGUCAAUAACCAGCUAAAAAUUAGACUUGUUUUUUUUUUUUGGUCUUACUUGAAGCAGUGCAUCACCUAAAACGAACAAGCGACUUGAUGUUUUUGGAUUUCUAUUGUACAGGGUGCGCAUACUUGCAUACACACGCUGUAUAUGUGCACAGCAUACGGUAUCCUACAGUAUCAUCUUACACACUUCAAUGCUAUAUGUCACAUGUCGUGAAAGGCUCUGCUGGUUUUGAAUGGCUGUUGUACUUAUUUUUAAUUAAUACUUUUGUAUUCUGCCAUUUUGUGUUCUGCAGCGUUCGCACCACGUCAGUGUUGUCAGAAAAUGUAACCUUUUUUUGCAUUUCAAUGAAAACAUAUUAAACACACUUUGUUGCCUUA